AUGGCCGCCUCACACCUUAUGAAUGAAUGUAAACUGCUCGAACACGCACCAGACUUCGCCAAAUCUCGACCAGAGGCAUAUUUAGACAAUGUCAAGACUGAGUACGCUGCCAAACUGGCUGUAUGUGAACUUCUCAGUGCUCAACCAAGCAAUCCGAUUCCGCCUCCAUAUUGCGACAUUUUGGUCCCUUCUUCGAAAUCUUGCAGCAAGGGUGGUAGCUGGUGGCAUACAAAGCAAGAGUUUUCGAGCGAAAGACAGUGCUACCCUGAGUUCAAAGAGUACCAGUAUUCACAGUGCUUGAAGAGCUUGCAAUCAACACCCCAGUUUUGGACCUCAUUUAGCAAUGCUCGGCAGAACGCAGUGGUCAUGUGUCAAGCUAGCCGAGAUGCUAUUGAAAGGGAGAAUCAUCUAGAAACGUUCAAAAACCUCACUCAAGUCCUGGGUGUGGUGACUUCGACUAUGCAGAAGACAACCGAGGACUAUGAAUCUCUGAUCCGAGAGCAGAGGCAGUUCUCAGAAGAGGCUAGGAAUGCGCAUGACCAGCUCAAGGAGGACAUACAUGCUGUUCAGGAGAAGGCUGUCGCGACUGUGGGAGCUCUCGACGAGAAAUUUCACACGUUCAUGGAAUCGUCGAUAUCUGAACUCAUUACGGCCUUAGCUGACAGUCAAAGCGUCGAGAUCGAGCGGAUCCAUCAGAGAAUGCAAGAUUUCUCACAAGAUCUGAUGACGGAGAGUUCCCAACUUGCAAAGUUCUUCUCGGGCGAACUUCAGCAGUUCCACGAGCGAUCACUCUCCAGCCUCCAAAUCCACCACCAAGCACAAGUGGACAGCUAUAGCACCCUAUCUGAUCACAUGGACACGGUCCAUCAUACUAUGAACAAGACCAACGACUUCGCGGAUUUAUCUCUAGCCAAGGCAGAUACUAUCGCACAGCGGCUCAGUACAUUUGAGAGUCAGACAGAAAACAUCGCGGAGGGAUUCGCUUUCCUAAGCGCAAUCCCUGCCCUUGUCAGUUUUCUCGUUCGCGGCUUCGUGGCCACCAUCGGCACUCUAUUCAUAUUCGUCAUCCUUUACAAGCUGAACAAGAAGCUAGCAGCGUGUACUGCUGGUGCUUUCAGUUCAGCGUUCCUCCUCAACUCCUGUGGCAUUCUCGGAUGGCUUGGAGACCUUCCCUCUCAGAUCAGCAAUAUCCAUGCUCAGCGUUCAUUCGUCACUGAUAUGACGCCGACACAGAAGGGCGCUGGCAUCGUUCUUCUACUCUGGUUCGGUGCUUACCCGAUUACUCGGCUCAACUCAUACUUCAGUUACAUCUUCGACACUGCCUUUAACCGCCUAUUCAGCUCCUUAUGGGUGCGUCAGUAUUGCAACGAUGGUGGUGUUGGGCUCUUGCCCAGCAUCGAGAUACCGGCUACCACCCUUUAUCACAGCCUGGAUUCGCUGUAUAGGUUCACUUCCGUCGGAUCCUAG